AUGACGAGCAAGAGGAGAAAUGUUGGCGAGGAGAAAGAUGUUAAGAAUUCGCGAUUGAAGUUUUUUCGGGAAGCCUACGAGGAAUUUGCCAAAAAAACGUAUAAUCAUGGAUUUAUUUAUACGGCUACGGAAAAAUUAUAUGGGAGGAUAUUUUGGACUUUUAUUCUGGGAUGUGGUCUGUUCACGACGUUUUUCUUGGUGAAUUCAUUCUGGACCAGAUACCUAGGUCUGCCUCUCAGACUGAACGUUGCCUCUAGUACAGAAUCCACGUCCAAAUUUCCCUUCCCGGCGGUAACUUUAUGCAACAAGAAUUUCGCAUACGAAGACAACAUAAGGGCUGUUGCUGAAUACUUAUCCUACGGCAGUUAUUCCGACAAAGAAUCAACCCGCCAGCAAAUCACCCGCGGCCUUCGCGAUUUAUCAAGUAUGAACUUCUGGAAAGUGGACAACACAUCUUUAGAAAUCCUGACUGAGGCUGCCCAGAAAAGCAAUGAAAAUUUCGGAAGCAUCAUGGAUAAACUGGGUCAAUCUUGUGGUGAAAUGCUAAUGCGAUGCAGAUUAGAGGGAUUAGAAAGAAAUUGUACGGAAUUAUUCACGAGAACGGUGACGCCCGACGGACAUUGUUGCUCCUUCAACUUGCAUCUGCAAUCGAGAUUUUCGUUUGAAGGAAAAGUUAAAAUACAUUUAAUAUGCCAAAAAGAAACUGAUAAAAUUCAGUUGCAUUCGGCAGAGUUGAAUAUUACUUCUAUUAAAUUGGAUGGAAAUGAAACUGAUAUUGAAAGUAAGGAGUUUGUGAAAGAAGCUGAUUUUUUAAUUAUUAAACUGAAGAAGAAAUUGAGAGAUCAGGUGCAGUAUAUAUUGGAAAUUGAUUAUGAAGGUAAAAUUAGAGAUGAUCUCACUGGAUUGUAUAGGAGCUCGUAUUUCUUGCCGAAUUCCACAGAAAAAAGAUGGUUAGCAGUAACCCAAUUCCAACCAACAUCUGCCCGAUUGGUGUUUCCUUGUUAUGAUGAACCUCACCUUAAGGCAUUUUUCACGUUGACCUUAGAACAUGCCAAUGGAUUAAUUUCCAGAUCUAAUAUGCCUAUUGAUAAACAAUUAAUCCAAGAUGACAGAGUAAUCACAAAGUUCGAAAGAUCAGUUCGAAUGUCAACAUACCUUUUUGCGUUUUUGGUAUCUGAUUAUGAAGCCAUAAAAAAUCAAGAUAACACAUUGAGUGUUUGGACAAAUAAAGGUAGCUUGAAAAAUGCUGAAUUUGCAUUAGAAUUUGGUGAAAAAGCUUUAAAAGCUUUGGAAAAACCUUUUGGAAAAUACAAAUUACCAAAAAUGGAUCUGGUGGAUAUUCCUGACUUUAAGAUGGGAGCUAUGGAGAAUUGGGGAAUGUGUACGUUCAGGACACCAUAUAUCAUUUAUGACAAUAAAACUUCGACCAAAUCAAAUAAAUUGAACGUGGCAGUAUUGAUUGCCCAUGAAAUUUCCCAUAAUUGGUUUGGAAAUGAAGUGACACCAUCCUGGUGGGAAUAUUUGUGGCUGAGCGAAGGAUGGCUACAAUUUUGGAAGCAGAAAUUACAGAUGAAGAUAUACCCCGAAUGGAAAAUGAUGGACCAAUUUGUCGUUAAAAAGAUGCAGUAUGCUAUGUUCCAUGAUAGCAAAUACAAAACACGUGCCAUGUCAGCACCUAUCGCCAGCAAAGAUAAAAUUCUAUUCGAUUAUAUUGUAUAUCAAAAAUCUGGAUCAGUACUUUGGAUGUUGGAGAACGUUCUAACACGUGACGUUAUGCACAAGGGAUUAGACAUCUUUUUAAAAGAAUGGAAUGGUGACGUCGUAGAUCCAUCAAAAUUCUAUGCAUCUUUAUCUUUAGGCGGAGCUGGGAAUGUUUUACCGGCAGGUGUAGACUUAGCUCAAUUUUUGAACAGUUGGACCAGCAGACCAGGUUUUCCAUUGAUCACAGUUACCAGAAAUUAUACAAAUGGAAUGACUGAAUUUUCCCAGCAACGCUAUUUAUCUGAUGAACACGAAGACCUUGGAACCAGGUACUGGGUUCCAAUAACAAUUGCCAAUGAAAAAACUAGUUUGAAUGAUGAGAUGGAUAUAGAAUGGUUGACCGACUCUGGUACAUCUAUAGUAGUUUAUACAAAUAUUGGACCUGAAGAUUGGAUUAUUGUAAAUAAACAACUGAAAGGUUAUUACAGAGUAAAUUAUGAUGCUAAAAAUUGGCUGCUUCUAUCAAACACUUUAAAUAGUUUGGACUAUCAAAAGAUCCAUUUACUUAAUAGGGCACAAAUUAUGGAUGACGCCUUGAAUUUGGCAUUUUCCGGUGUAAUAGAGUAUGAAAUUGCGUUACAAUUGGUUUCUUAUUUAAAACAAGAACAUCAUUAUCUACCUUGGACAGCAGCUUAUCAUGAAUUAGAGUAUUUAUAUACGUUGUUAGGAGACUCAAGUAGUUUUCAGGCAUUUAUCGAAACCUUGACAGCACCAGUUUUAAAUUCCUUGACAUUAGAGCAAUCAGACAAAGAUUCCUUUAUGCAAGUAUUUUUGCGAAACGAUCUCUUAUUCUGGGUUCGCAAACUUAAUUUACCAAUGAUCAGCGAAAGCCAAAAAAUUGCCAAGGAAUGGAAAGAUGGAAAAAGAGAUAUUGAACCUGAUAUUAUUGGUGGAAUUUUAUGUGGAGCUUUACGUGAUGAUGAUGAAGAUUUGUGGCAAUUCGUGAUGAAUAAAUUGAAUGGAACAACCUCCAACCAGGAGAGGAAUAAUUAUAUCACCGGAUUGGCUUGCACAAGUUCUAAAGACAAAAUUGAAGAGCUUUUAUCGAUGACAAUUGAUGAGAAUUCAAUUUUGUGGAAGAAAGAACGUGAUACAGUUUUUCAUAAAUUAUAUUGGUCUGGAAGAGAUGCGACAGAAGCCUGUUUAGAAUUUUUGGUUUCUAACAAAAAAGAAAUGGAAAGAUUAUACAACGAUAUUAACGAUUGCAUAGAAGGUUUAGCUGACUACCUAAUAUCCGAAGAUGACUUAAACAAGGAGAAAAUAAACAAACACGAAAUUUCUGGAUACACCUUUGCAAGAUCUUAUACACGAUGA